CCAAGCAUAAAAGCAUACCGAUCGUGUAUGAUGAAGAUCAGUCUAUCUAAAAGUAGCAAACGUGACGGUUGGUAAGAAAUGAUGUUUCUGUACACGUUUGGUUUGUUCGCGGUAGCGCUCUAUCUUGGCCUUCGGUAUGUCUAUUCGUACUGGGCCCGUCACGGGUUGGUUCAUCUGCGACCUGAAAUUCCAUACGGCAAUUUGCGAGCACUUGCCGAAAAACGUGAAUCGUUCGGAGUGGCCGUCAAUCAACUGUAUGAUCGUAGCACGGAACGGCUCGUCGGGGUGUAUCUUUUCUUCCGGCCGGCCAUACUAGUGCGCGAUGCCCAUCUUGCCAAGCGUAUGAUGGUGAGCGAUUUCCAUUACUUUCAUGAUCGGGGUGUGUUUUGUGACGAACAUCGGGAUCCCAUGUCGGCCAAUCUGUUUGCCCUGCCGGGUGCACGCUGGAAGCGGUUGCGGGCGAAACUUACGCCGACGUUCACAUCGGGCCAAUUGCGCCAGAUGAUGCCCACGUUUCUGGACGUUAGCCAUAAGCUGUUGGACCUGUUGGAACCGAUGGCCGACGAAGGUCGUGUGGUAGAUAUGCGGGAUAUUGCUUCGCGCUACGUACUGGAUGUGAUUGCUUCCGUGUUCUUUGGAUUCGAGACGAACUGUUUGCGUGAUCCGAGCGAUCCAUUCAUCAAGGUCUUGCAUGACGUUAACAAUCCGAACAGCUUCAUGAACAACAUCCGUUCGGCUGGUGUGUUUGUGUGUCCGGGGUUGCUGAAAAUCACCGGCCUAAGUUCGUUGCCGCCUGAGAUGCGUCGCUUUGCGAUGGACGUCGUCACGGGGCAGAUUGAACACCGGGAGCGUAAUCCGCAAGCGGGCCGCAAAGACUUCAUCCAGCUGCUGAUCGAUUUGCGGCGCGAGACAGCGAACGAAGAUCGCUUAACGAUCGCACAGUGUGCGGCAAAUGUGUUUCUCUUUUACGUGGCCGGUGCCGAUACUUCGAUCGGUCUCAUCUCGUUCACACUGCACGAGCUAACGCAUAACGUGGAAGCGAUGGCCAAAGCACGGCAAGAAAUCGACUCCGUGCUGGAACGGUACGGUGGUGUCAUUAGCUACGAGAGCCUACGGGAACUAAGAUAUUUGGAUCUGUGUGUGAAGGAAACGCUUCGCAAGUAUCCUGGUUUGCCGAUAUUAAAUCGUGUCUGUACACAGGACUAUCGCGUACCGGACAGUGACAUUGUUGUGCGGGCAGGGACACAGGUGAUUAUACCACUGCUCGGUAUCGGGAUGGAUGAUAAAUAUUUCCCCGAUGCGGACGAUUACUCCCCUGAGCGGUUUGAUGAGCAGGAGCCGAAUUAUGAUACGGAUGCUUACUACCCAUUCGGCCUGGGGCCUCGCAAUUGUAUUGGACUACGGCAAGGAAUAAUGUUGUCGAAAAUUGGGCUCGUACUGAUGCUGUCACGGUUCGAGUUUGAGACUACCAUUCCCAAGAGGGUCAGAUUUGAACCGGCCAAUGUUACCCUUCAGCCAGAUGGUGGACUUCCGAUGAAGAUUACGUUGCGUGGGAAUCGUAAAAAAGUAAUAUCCGUAGAUGGAGUGGCUAGUUUCGCUGGUGUGAAUUAACAAUUAAGUUUUUACUAGGAAUGUUUCGUUGCUUCGGUGAUUAAGUUUAAGCUAUUUGCGUGAAUUUUAUUUCACAAGUACACUCUAUUAAUUCUACAGUCAAUUCCUCUAUUCAGUUCCUCUUUUAACGAUUUUUUUUAACGAAAUUGAAUCAAAACCAAUGUAUUUCAACUGAGUUUUUCGUUGAUGAAUUCGAAACAAUAAAGAAACACGUGCCUGAUAUGAAUUGUUUAGAACGUACUUAAAUUUAUAUCACAGAAGAACGCAGAGAAACUCUAAAUGCACUUAUCACGUUGUUCAGUAGUUUGGGUUUGAGAAUGGAAGACUAAU